GCGACUCCUCCUCCUCCCGCCGCCCCGCCUCUGCUCGGCCAGCCCGCGGGCGGGCUUCUUGGCCAGGGACGCGCUCGGCCGGCGGCCGAUGCCCAGGCUGCACGACCGCUUCUGGAGCUGUCCCUGCGCGCAGCGCGCAAGGCGCGGGGGCCGCCCGCGAGCCGGCGCGGGGCUGGCGGCCAAGGGCGCAGAGAUGCUCGGCUCGUCCGCGCUGGGCUCCACCCUGCCGGCGGCCCGGGACUCCCGGCCCGCGCACGGGGACCGCGGCGCCGGCACCUGGCACCACGACCUAGUGCAGCGGAGCCUCGUGCUCUUCCUGGUUGGGGUGGGCCUGGCCCUGGUGCUCAACCUGCUGCAGAUCCAGAGGAACGUGACGCUCUUCCCCGAAGAGGUGAUGGCCACCGUCUUCUCCUCCGCCUGGUGGGUCCCGCCCUGCUGCGGGACGGCAGCAGCGGUGGUCGGCUUGCUGUACCCCUGCAUCGACAGCCACCUGGGCGAGCCCCACAAGUUUAAGCGGGAGUGGGCCAGCGUCAUGCGCUGCAUAGCAGUCUUUGUUGGCAUCAACCACGCCAGCGCCAAAUUGGACUUUGCCAAUAAUGUCCAGCUGUCCCUGACUCUAGCAGCCCUGUCGUUGGGCCUCUGGUGGACAUUUGACCGUUCACGAAGUGGCCUUGGGCUUGGCAUCACCAUAGCCUUUCUGGCUACUCUGAUCACUCAGUUUCUCGUGUACAACGGUGUCUACCAGUACACGUCCCCCGAUUUCCUCUACAUUCGCUCUUGGCUCCCGUGUAUAUUUUUCUCAGGAGGCGUCACGGUGGGAAACAUAGGACGGCAGUUAGCUAUGGGUGUUCCUGAAAAGCCACACAGCGACUGAGUCUCCAAACGCACCGAUUCUGAAGAGUUGGCAAGAUUUGGGGAGAAAUCUGUGAUAGUGGCUUGUGACAAAGAUUCUCUUUUUUCCUAAAUACUCUAUUCGGAUUGGGCUGACUGUGCAAACGGCUCCUGGAAAAAAUAUUCACCUAGUCUAGAGUAGCAAAGUGGAGAAAAUAACUACUUACCUUGAAGUCUUGCCUUGACUGAGCGCCCUCACGCCUGUCUGUGCUCUGGAACAUUCUGUCCCAGGCUGCGUGUAGGAGUUCAAGCAGGUGGCAGUUUCCCGAGUAUUAGAUUUCAUUCAUGUGAUUAAAAACAAGUUGCCAUAUUUCAAAGCCUUGAACUAAGACUUAAUUACCGUCAGUUUUGUGUCGCUGCCCAAAGGAGAUGGGUUGAUGGUGCUUAACUAAGAUGCAGUGCGGAGUAAUAGGAAUAAUAUUUAUCCAAAAGAUUUUUUAAAUAGGGUUGUGUUAAAAAAAGAAGAAGAAGAAGAAAAGCAGCAGUGAGUGUAGUGUGGUCACACUCUGGGGUGGCAGUGCUUCGUGGCCACCCGCGUGGUUAACGCUGCAGGGGUGCACACACGUGGCCAUGCGUGUGCACACGUCACCAGUGAAUGGACUGUGCUUUUCAUUCUACCCGUGGAAGUCUGUGUAGACAAUCUCACUGAGAGCAAAAGGCAAUGAAAAGUCAUAGUUCUACACUGUGAUGUGCUGGAGUUUUCACCUCAGUUUAUGAAGUUUUUUCCAAAAUCCAUAUUAUCUAAGAAUGAAUACCUGUCUGCCGUGUAUUUCAAUCUUAGUGAGCCAAAUUGUUUGUUAUUCCUGAACAGAGAUGCCUAUUUUUUUUCCACAGCCCUAUGGAAUUUGCAAUCUGUGAUUGCCUUGUAAAAAGAAGAGUGCAUAUGUCACUACAUUGAACAUGUGGUGUUUCUAAAUAUUCAAUGAUAUCGGUGAGCACAAUGUAGUCAUUUAAUGGCAUAGACCAUGUUAGACCUAAUUUGCAAGUAUUGGGUCUUAAACUUCAAGUGCAAUGUAUAUGAAAACCAAUCUGAGCCUUGUAUUCUCUUAAAUAUUUAUUUUUCUUAGCGUGUGAGAUGUUCAAGAGGAGGGUUCUCCACUCAUUUCAGUGCUGCAUGGAGGCAGAACUCAGCAAUAAUUUCCUUUGGUUGUAAAGUUACUUUAUCGUUUUACCCUCCACUGAGCCCUAGUCCUUUGAAAUACUCCAGUUUUGUGGGUUUAGUGAUUCUUACUUACAAAUUUACCUUUUUGUAUUUUGCAAUUUAAAUGUUUUUGGUUUGUUUUAAAUUCUGUGAAAGUGGCUAAAGACUCCUUUUAAGUAGAAGUCACCAGUCAGCAGAAUAGAAACUAGGCUCACUUGCCUGUGAGUGUCGAUGUGUGUGUUUGGUUCAUUUACGUGACGAUCCUUUUUGGGGGUUUUUAUUUUCUUUUGUUUUGAGGAAAAUAUCUUGGAGUAAAUUUUAGGUUACUGAAGUUAAUUUGUUUUAGAGGAAUUUUUUAAAAAAGAAAAUGGAAUCAUUCUGAACUUUAGAAUGAUCCCUUAUAAAUUUUCUGAAAAUGUAAAGAAAUGAUUAUUAUGUUAAAAACUUUUUCAAUGAAGAUGUCAGCAUUUUAUGAAAAACCAGAAGCUAUUAGAUGAAAGCAGUAAGUGAAUCUUUAAAAUAUACUUGAUCAUGCACAAACAAUAAGUAUUUUUUCUCUUAAACUGGAAGUAAAUCUGUUAGAAAUAAUGUAGCCAAAAAAUGUAAAUUUGAAGGAUUUUUUUUGCCAAUAGUUUACAGCAAAUAUAUGAACCAAAGUGAUUUGCGUUUGUAAAAAUGUAAAAUAAUAUGAACAAAAUUUGCACUAUACCAGAUUUGAACAUCUAGUGAGUUUCACAUUCAUACUAAGUUUUCGACAUUGUGUUCUUUUUGCAUUCAUUUUUUAUUUUUAUUAAAGAUUGAAAA